GUAUUACUUACCAACCUUGAAAUUCCUGCCAGACUCAUCACAACCCAAGGCAACCCUCGCUCUGACAACCCGUCAUUGCAAAUUUCUUAAGUCGGUAUUCGGUAUUACCGCCUGACUUCAUCGUCAGUAAAUAUGCCGGAAGGAAAUGUGGCCCCUCCGGGGGAUGCUCGUGAAGAGCAAGGUUCGAUGCUCGUGAAGAUUGCCCAGGGCCUAGCCAUGUGGUUUGGCAUGCAAUUGUUGAUGAAACAAUUCACAGGCGGCAACAAUGCGCAAACAGCUACGACCAAAGACGCUUCUGGAAAUGUUGUUCAGGUUCCUGCAAAUACUGGCGACAUACCUGCCUACCAACUUCGUCCCAGCAGCCUCGAUGAGGGUGCUGUGUGGAACCCAAUUCCACAACGACUGGCUCCCAUGUGGCCCACCGAUAGCGCCCUCGAUAUUGUCGUUACACUAUCGUCAUCUUUCGUCCCCGUCAAGAUCUCCAGCGUAGCGGAGGAAUACGUGGCUCUUAACGAGAAAGGUUUCAAGUUAGGUAACUCGAGCGAUACUCGAAUUGCCGAAACUACCUUCAACGUGCCGUCAUCUGUCCAAAAGAAUGGAACACUCUGGGGUCAUUUCUAUAUUGGAUUAACAGGCUCAAAUCUUGACCCCAAAGAACCAGGAUUUGAUCCCGCGUCAGCCUUCCACUUUGUGUACCCCCUGACUCAGUAUAUCCCUAAGAAAAAGGAGGCAAAGACCCGCAACCUCUUGGAAGAUAGACCUGAUGUAGAGGAGGUAGAGCCUGAAGAAGAUACCACCGGACCGAUUAUCGCAAAUUAUUAUCACCCUAACACCAGCUUAGCUUUCGUUCCUGAUACGGGUAUCAUCAACUUCCCCCAAUCGCAUCCAGCUAUUCGCCAGUUCAUUCACCCAGAGUCUACUGGUGCUCGCGAUGGCUCCGGCCAAAAUUCUUGGUAUUAUCCGGCCUUGUACGUCAACACAUUCUGGCAGAUGAAGUCUCAUAUGACUUUGCUUAAUGAUACGGUCAAGACCCUCCCGCUACGCCUUGACUUAAGCAACAUGAAGAAUUGGAAGUUCAACAUACUGGCUUCGGUUGAUUUUAACUCUAAGCAACAAGCGCUUCAGGCUGCCUUUGGGGGCCCCAUCCCAGGUGGCGGUGAUGGAAGCGAGAUCGAGAUGGUCAAGGAGAUGUUCCUAGAUACGAACCCCUAUCUCCUUGGCGUAACAGCCGUAGUGAGCAUUGCGCAUCUUCUUCUCGAGAUGCUCGCGUUCGGAUCCGAUAUCGCACAUUACCGCAAAAAGAAGGACAACGUCGGUAUUUCAGUUCGCUCGAUCUUAGCCAACGUCUUCAUGCAAGCUGUUAUCUUCCUCUACUUGAUCGACAACUCCCAAAACACGAGCUGGAUGAUUCUUGGCUCCCAGGGUAUCGGAAUCCUUAUCGAGUUCUGGAAGAUCACUACCAUCGUCAACGUCAGACUGCGACCUGCGCCACCGGGAUCUUUGAUACCGUACCGGGUAACAUUUGAAGAUAAGUAUCAACUCAGCGAGACCGAGGAAAAGACCAAGGAGUACGACGAAAUUGCGUUCAAAUACAUGUAUAUCGCUGGCGUUCCUCUGAUCAUUGCAUACGCGAUUUGGUCUCUGGUGUACGAGUCGCACAAGUCGUGGUACUCAUAUACACUCACCACUCUCGUAGGAUCAGUCUAUGCCUACGGCUUCUUAAUGAUGGUACCUUCGCUCUACAUCAACUACCGCCUCAAGAGUGUUGCUCAUAUGCCUGCAAAGGCGAUGAUGUACAAAUUCUUGAACACUUUCAUCGACGAUCUUUUCGCUUUCACCAUCAAAAUGCCAUUGUUAUACCGAUUGGCUACAUUCCGAGACGACAUUAUCUUCUUCAUCUAUCUAUACCAACGUUGGGCGUACACGAUUGAUUAUACUCGUGUCAAUGAGUUUGGACAAGGUGGUGACGACGAACCCGAGGAGACUAAGACAGAGGCUAAGCCCUUGUUGGAUGCCGAAUCUGUCACCGAGAAGGUGGAGGGGACCGCAAAGUCCAGUGGUGCAGACACAGGUGCUGCGAAGAAGAGAAAGUAGAUAAAUGAUUACCAGUGUGAAAUGGUGGUAUAGCAUAUAGUUGUACAAUCAGGUCCCUGAUUCUAUAGAUGAUCACUUAAUACAGAGAUGCUAGCCUAUUGCAUCAAUUUGACAUUUUCAA